CUAGCUCCCGCAGAGCGCGCGCUUCCGUCGGCCCCGGGGACGCAGGAUAGAAACCCGGGGCGCAGCAGCCCUGGGAAGUUCUGCGCGCGGGGCGCUGGCCUGGGGGAUGGAGAGGUCCCAGGAUGGAGUCCAGGACUCCACAGAGCUUAGAGGUUGAGGAGGGCGAGAGAGGCGCCAACCAAAGAAACUGAGAAGCAGCGAACAGAGAGAUACCAGGAGGCCAAAUGUUUGGAGUAUAAAGGGAGCAAUCAGCUAAGUCGAUUGUCGCAAAUAAGUGAAUUAAGGCGUGAAAGUUUUAUCACGUACCCGACCUGAGAACACUUUCAAAGGCACUAAUCCCGUAGAGCGGACUCUGCUCCUUGCCCAGUACCUCGAAGGGCCCAGCUGGUGAUCCCCUCACUCAGGAGUGAGCUUCAGCCUGUGCAUUUGGGAGACACAAACCUUCAGAUCACAGCAGUCAUGUUGUAUUUUGGCUUCCAGACAAGCUGCAGGGAUUCCAGGGAUUGCUCCAACUGAAGAAAAAGAUGGCAAUCUUCCCGAUAUCUUGACCAGUGGAAGUCUGCAUGAGUUCCUGGUCCAUCUGCACGAGAGAUGCGGGCCUGUGGGCUCUUUCUGGUUUGGCAGGCGCCUCGUGGUCAGCCUGGGCACUGUCGAGGUACUGAAGCAGCACAUCAACCCCAACAGGAUGUCCAACCCUUUUGGAACCAUGCUGAAGUCGUUGCUAAGUCACUGGCCGGGUGGUGGGACUAUGGACGAGCACCACCUGCGGGAGCGGCUGUGUGACCGUGGUGUGACGGAGGCUCUGCACAAGAACUUCCAGCUCCUGCUAAAGCUUUCAGAAGAGUUGUUAGACAUUUGGCUCACCUACCCAGGGACCCAGCAUGUGCCGCUCAGCCAGCAUGUGCUUGGCUUUGCCAUGAAGUCUGUUACAAGGGUGGUAAUGGGCAGCACAUUCGAAGACGACCAGGAAGUCAUUCAAUUCCAAAAGAAUCAUGGCAUGGUUUGGUCUGAGAUUGGAAAAGGCUUUCUAGAUGGGUCACUUGAUAAAAGUGCAACUCGGAAGAAACCAUAUGAAGAUGCACUUGGUCAAUUGGAAUCGAUUUUAAAGAAAAUCAUAAAAGAACGCAAAGAAAAGAGCUUCAGUCAACAUACGUUCAUUGACUCCUUAGUACAGGGAAACCUUAAUGACCAACAGAUUCUAGAAGACAGUAUGAUAUUUUCUCUGGCUGGUUGCAUAAUAACUGCAAAAUUAUGUACUUGGACGAUCUAUUUUUUAACCACUUCUGAAGAAGUUCAAAAAAAACUAUAUGAAGAGAUAGACCAGGUUUUGGGGAAGAGUCCUCUUACACCAGAGAAAAUUGAGCAGCUCAGGUACUGUCGGCAAGUGCUUUGUGAAACGGUUCGAACUACCAAGUUGACCCCAGUUUCUGCCCAGCUUCAAGAUACUGAAGGAAAGAUUGAUCAAUUCAUUAUUCCUAGAGAGACCCUGGUCCUGUAUGCCCUCGGGGUAGUACUUCAGGAUCCAAAUACGUGGCCAUCACCAUACAAGUUUGAUCCAGAUCGCUUUGAUGAUGACUCAGUGAUGAAAACUUUCUCUUCGCUUGGAUUUUCAGGCACACAGGAAUGUCCAGAAUUGAGGUUUGCGUAUAUGGCGGCCACAGUCCUUCUGAGUGUGUUGGUGCGGAGACUCUGCCUCCUUCCUGUGAUGGGGCAGGUCGUGGAAACAAAGUACGAACUGGUUACAGCCACAAGGGAGGAAGUCUGGAUCACUGUCUCAAAGAGAACUUAAAAUUGUGCACAUUUAAAAAUUUUGUUAAAUAGACUGAAGAAAAUGACCAUUUAGAAAAUACAUGAUAAGUCCAAGUAUCAUUUUAUAAUGUAAAUGCCUAGUGUUACUUUAUUAUGUAAAUUUUAUAUUAGAUUUUCUUAAUGCAUGAAAUGCACUUAUACUUAAUUACACCAAUAUAUUGAUACGUCCAAUAGAGAGCUUAGUUUUCUAUUUUUAAUUUUUAUUUUAUAAGCCAUUAUUUUUAUCGUUUUCUUAUUUUGAUCUCUAAAAUGAAUAUUCUAGAAGAGAGAAAUUAUCUUUUUUUUUUUUGAGAAAUUAUCUUGUACAAGUUGGAAUCGUUUUUUCUGAAUGUUUAUAAAGAAAAACACAGUCCUAAUUGCUUUUUGUACUUUAAAUGAAUCACUUUAAAGGGAAAUAAAGAGGAUUUACUAUAA